AUGGAAAGGAUUCCUUAUGCCAGUGCUGUAGGAAGCCUAAUGAAUGCAAUGGUCGGGUCGAGGCCCGACCUAGGAUUUGCAGUAGGCUAUGUUUGUCGCUUCAUGAGUAAACCAGGAAGGGACCACUGGUCAGCAGUUAAGUGGGUCCUAAGAUACUUACAUGGAGCGUUGAAUUCAGAUUUAACAUUCAAAAAGCAUUCUACACUACAAGUAGAAGGUUAUUCAGACUCAGACUAUGCAACAGACAUUGACAGGAAACAGUCAGUAACAGGCUAUGCAUUCAAGUUUGCAGGCAAUACAGUUUCAUGGAAAUCAUGUCUACAAUUAGUGGUUGCACUAUCUACUACAGAAGCCGAAUACAUGGCUAUGAAUGAAGCAGCUAAAGAAGCAAUGUGGCUAAAGGAAAUAUGCGAUGAACUAGGUUUCAAGCAACAGGGGAUCAAACUCUACUGCGAUUCUCAAAGUGCCCUAGCUCUAGCAAGAAAUCCAGUCAAUCACGAGAAGACUAAGCACAUAGCUACCAAGUUCAAUUUCAUUCGAGACCUAGUGGAAGCAGGAGACAUUGUUCUAAACAAGAUUCAUACAAAUGUUAAUCCUGCAGAUUUCCUAACUAAGACGGAAGACACUCCAGGUGACUCUGGUUGUCUAAACUCCACCCUCGCAGAUCACAAGCAACAAACUCAUGUUAGUGACUACGAAUGA